CCCGCGGGGAACGACGUGAACUGCAGCGACGGCUCAAAGCCCGGAUGGAGCAGCCAUUGGGGAAGUGUACAGGGCUUUAACGUAACCGAGGAGGGCUCUCUCUCUCUCUGUGGAAUAAUAAAGACAAAGUAAAAGGCGGCCGAGGAUAGAAAAUACUCAAGAUCCGAAAGAUCCACUCGGCGACACACAUAGCGUUAACUUGAAAACCCCGGUACCCAGGACUUGAAUCUUUUUCGGGGGCAGACUAUCCGAAGGCGACAGACUUGAACUGUGGAAGUUGGGAUACGUGCACACAGCGGAAAAUAUACAGCUGAGCCUGCGCUACAACUACUAGCCUUACACGCUAAAGCGGCAAGCACAACUUAGCCACACAGCUAACUGUUAACUGAGAUCUGAACUUUGCUGCUGCUUUUUUUUUCUUCCCCCCCUUUCUUCCUAAAUCACGGGGGCUUGAAAUCCAGUCACAAGCCCAGGCUCUGUGAGAAUCCAGGGACUUGCUUAAUGAAUUAUGUCUGCCACAAGCAUUGACCCUCAGAGAUCAAAGGGACAAGCAUCUAAAGUGCAAAAUGGUUCACUACAUCAGAAGGAGACUGUCCAUGACAAUGACUUUGAGCCAUACCUCACUGGUCAAUCCACUCAGAACAACAGCUACCAGUCCAUCACCGACCCCUACCUGUCCAGCUACUACGCCCCAUCCAUUGGAUUUCCGUAUCCCCUCAGUGAGGCUCCCUGGUCUACAGGUGGGGACCCCCCGAUUCCAUACCUGACCCCCUAUGGACCCUUGAGUAAUGGAGAUCAUCACUAUAUGCCAGACACGGUGUUUGGCCAGCCGGGGGGUCUGGGAAGCAGCAUCUACCCCCACAGGUUUAACUUUUUCCCUGAAAACCCUGCCUUCUCUGCUUGGGGCACGAGUGGCUCCCAGGGCCAGCAGACUCAAAGUUCGGCCUACGGUGGUAGCUACAGCUAUCCUCCCAGCUCCCUGGGGGGCACCCUGGUGCCUGAUGGUCAGACGGGCUUUCACAGUGACACCCUCAACAAAGCCCCCGGUAUGAACAGCCUGGAGCAGGGUAUGGUUGGCUUGAAGAUUGGAGGGGAUGUCACUGGCCAGGGGUCAGGAGUCAAGGCUGUGGGAUCUGUGAUUGGUGGACCUGCAGUGGCAGCGGCAGGGAAUGGAGCCACGCCUAUUGGAAUGCCUCCACCCAAACCCACCUCCUGGGCUGCCAUUGCCAGCAAGCCCGCCAAACCGCAGCAGUUGAAAGCUAAGGUGAAACCGGGAAUGCCCAAUCCAGGGGGAGCUCUUCCCCCGCCACCCAUCAAACACAACAUGAACAUUGGGACCUGGGAUAAGGGCCCAGUGACUAAAGUAGCCACAGCUCCACUGCAGCAACAGCAGCAGCCUCUUGGUCUGCCGCUUGGAUUGCCACCUCAAGGCCCCAUGCAGCAAGGACCCAUGCAGCCUCCCCCUCCCCAGUCUUUGGUGCAGCCCCAGAUGCAGCCUAUGGCCUUACAGCCCCAGCCCCCCCAUCACCAGCACCAUCAGCCACCGCCUCAGCCCUACCAAAACCACACCCAGCCCCCACAACCCCAGACCCGCUGGGUUGCCCCACGCAACCGCAACCAAGGCUACGGGCAGGGUGGCCCCGGCCAAGACGGUAGUGGUAUGAUGGGUAUGGUUGGUAGUGGGAACAGUGGACCCCAAACUUCUGCCAGCCAGGGACCUGGUGCAGAGUCCCACCCAGUGCUGGACAAGCUGCGUGCCUCCCAUAGCUACAACCCCAAGGACUUUGAAUGGAACCUGAAGAACGGUCGCGUUUUCAUCAUUAAGAGCUACUCCGAGGACGAUAUCCAUCGCUCCAUCAAGUACUCCAUCUGGUGCAGCACGGAGCAUGGCAACAAGCGGCUGGACUCGGCCUUCCGGGCCAUGAAUGGUAAAGGCCCUGUGUACCUGCUGUUCAGUGUCAACGGCAGUGGUCAUUUCUGCGGUGUGGCAGAGAUGCGUUCACCAGUGGACUAUGGCACCAGUGCUGGUGUUUGGGCACAGGACAAGUGGAAGGGCAAGUUUGACGUGGACUGGUUGUUUGUUAAGGACGUGCCUAAUAGCCAGCUGCGCCACAUCCGUCUGGAGAACAAUGACAACAAGCCAGUGACCAACUCCCGCGACACCCAGGAGGUUCCUCUGGAGAAGGCCAAGCAGGUGCUCAAGAUCAUCGCCACCUACAAACACACCACCUCCAUCUUUGAUGACUUCUCCCAUUAUGAGAAGAGGCAGGAAGAAGAGGAGGAGGUGCGCAAGGUAGACUUUUGAACCUCCUCAGAUACAGAACCGCUCUCGGUUAGAUCAGGAGCGCCAAAACAGGAAUAAACAAUAGAAGACAUUUAUCCUUGGCUUGAUCAACAGUUACACUAGGACUUUUGAUUUAAGAGACAGAAGAAUAUGAAAAUGCAACCAAGCCCUUCAUUUUUUUCUAUUUAAUCCCAGUGAAUCUCUGCCAUUGUCGAGACUUGUGCUUAUUUUUUAAUUUUAUUUUUUGUUUUGCCCCAUGUACCACCCACUUCUUGUGCAGGGAUAACGAGCUGAUUUAAUGUAUUACCUAGCCACCACCACACUCUUUAGUUCGGGUUAUUAUUUUUUUAGAUAUUUUUCUUCCCGUUCCAUCUCGUACUCUUCUCUCAUCAGACUGGUUUUCUCUCUCCUGCCCCCAGCCCCUUCCUCCUCCUCUUUCCAAUUGAAUCAGGGUUUGACUGCACCAUGGAGGAAAAAGAAAAAUCUGCCACUUUAUAUUUCAGUACAAUCAGGACCGGAUGUGUCCUGCCCCUAUUUGUCCAUUUGGGGGCAACAUUGCCAUGCUUCAGAGGUUUAACUGUGCCAACAGGGUUGGAGGAUCCCAAAGGCAAUGUCGGACUUGGAGCUGUGCGAUAAUAAAACUUCAGUGGUUUAUCUAUUUUUCAUUCAGAUCGACAAAAUCUCUAUUUUUUGGCUUACUACUGACAAUUUUCAUUUCAGAAAACCUGUUUUCUGGAGCCUUAAUGUUUUUUUUCUAAUUAUUGGUGACUUCUCAAAAGAACUGCUCAAACAGUGACACCGCUGGAGAAAUCAGGGAUAGUGUGAAGUCACACAGGACUCGAGACAUUUCUGAGGAGGAAUCGCAAAGGCCUCUGGGAAAGAAAUAAUGGAUGUGUCCUCCACAACCAGAACUCUCACCAUUUAAGUCAAAAAUUGUACUAUGACAUCCUUCACACCCCUCUGCUUUGCUUUUUUUUGUUUUUUGUUUUAGUCUUUUGUAUGUUUCAUCAGGAGAUUCUGCUUGUGUACACAACCCAGUCUGAGAGAAUUGUCGCAUCCACCAUUUUAAAUUGUUUUAUAAUCAGAAUUAUAUAAUAGUGUAACUACUACAUUGAAUGAAUUGUUGCUUUUGCUUUUUUUUUUUGUUUCACAAAAUGAGGGAAGGUUUCACGUAUUUGUCCAUUCACCAUCAUUCUGUCUUAAUUCUGUUUUUUGUUUUUUUUCCCUUGAAUUUGGUUUUUGCUAAGUCUAUCAUGUUGGUCGUAAUGCUAAGCUUUAACGUAGGAGCCUAUAUAUUCAUGGAGAAAGCCUAAAAAUGUAUAACCUAAAAAUUAAUGUAACUGAUUUACUAUCGAGUAAGAAAAAAAAAAGAAGAAUGAAAUGUGGUUUCUGUGUGUUUUUUGGUUGUUGUCGCAAAAAUAGUUUGCUCUAGACUGAAACCAUUGAUUACGAGACAGCAAAAGUACUUUCAGGUAUGUUAAUGGUAAAAAGAUUGGAUAUUAAAAAAAAUGAAAAAUCGUCACUAAUAGAUGUGUGUGCCCAUGCAUGGUAAGCUAUAAAAUAGGAAGAAAAAAAAGCUAUUGUCCAUCCUGCAGCUUGUCUGUGAGGUGAGAGUGGUGAUGUUUAGUCAAUGCCUCCCCCCCUCCUCCUGUUCUCGUGUCAUUUCAGAGCAUUCAAAGCCAGAAUGCAGUUUAUUUUUUAGCAAGCAUUUUUUUUUUUUUUUAGAUCAGCAGGUUCCUGCUCCUCUCGAUUAGUUUGAAACUGUCACUUCAGUAUUUUGUGGAUUGCAAGGUUACCAUGACGCAGAGAGGAGCGCUGCCAGUCGUCUCUGUCAUGUCGAGGGAUAUUUUUCUCAUUUUUGUGUAAGAGUUCAAAUCUGGUGUAGCUUCAUGGUUACCCUAAAUCAGACAUUCAGAUCCCAGUUCACAAUUUUCAGUUUGAGCUGAAACGGUUGAUGUUGAUAGUUGCACCUGUUCACAUAAUUUGGCCUGAACUCAUUCACACCAAGUCUUUUUUUUUUUUUUUUUUUUGUUUUGCUGGUGUUUUCAGAUUCUAUUAGACGGUGUAUUUGGUCUAUUUUUUAAAAUUCUGUCACAACUUUAGCCCGCUAUAACGUUGAGAUGGCAGAAGUGCUGCACUUUGCAGAGGUCACUUUGAGUGUGAGUAUGAGCCCUAUGUGUCACAACUGUAUUUCCAGAUGUGUGAAACUGCGUUGUAUUUUUUAUUUUUUUGCCUGGCCAGUGUAACCGCUUGUACUCUAGAGAACUGACCUCUAACAGGAUCCUUUCUUCGCCAUCUCUUCUCCCUUUUCUUUUUUUUUUAACCUCCUAAUCAAUGGCUAGGUUUAUCCAAGCAAUACGGUGAACGCCCCUUCACGCGUUUGCCUUCACCAACACCGCUCUCUCCAACCAGUGUAGAGUCAGGGGGAGGUGAGAAGCUUAAAGGAUGCCACCGAAGACUUGAGUCGCUGCCACAGCCGCCUUUGCCUCAGGAAGCAUGAACUGGUUGUGAUUAUAGUAACAGGGCUUACAUGCACGUUACAGAUAACUGUCAGACGAUGUUUGUUGCAAUAGAGGGGAUGUCAGGUUAGCCAUGAAAUUAUAUGUAUCGACACUACAAAAGGAUUAAUGACAUGAAAAUAUUAAAAUAAACAUUGAUUAUCUUCUAGACCACAGUUGUAGUGGGAAUAACUUGUUCAAAAGAUCUAUCUUGGUUUUUCUUUAUAGAAGAAAUCAAGCCUUAAUAAACUGUCCAUUCAGAAAUUACUUUGUCUUGAUCUCGUGAAUUCUGUUAGUAAGUGAACAACCCGUCUACAGUGACUUCUAAAAGAGAGGGAGCUCUGUAGGGCAUCCCCAGUGUUUAAAUGUCACUGAAAGGUUUUCUUAGCUGGAAAUGUUUUUCUUUUUCUCAUUGUGCCUCUACAGCUGACUCUACUGUAUCUGUAAGUACUGGCAGCAGAGCAGACCUUUGUUUCCACAGGCUCAACUGGUCGACAACAGAAUUUUAUGGAGUGUUGCUCCUUGGGAUAAACGUUUACGGUAUUUCAGAUUUAUUAAAUAGAUAGAAAAUGGCAUAUUUGGUAUUCUUUGGUUCUUAAGCUUUAUAUGACAUGUACACAUUCUGUUGUUGGACCCUUAAGAUGUAUCAUAGCAUUAGUAUUCAGCCCAGGUUUUCAAUAUAUUUGCUCCACAAGCUGUCAAAAGGUUUUCUUUCCUUGACAGGAGCUCUCCGUGGUGCUGAUUUCCUGAUUUAGAGGAGCUGCUGUUGGCCUGUUCCAGUCACACAAUGGAGUAGAGAACACCACAUGGGGUAAAGAAAAGAAGUGCAUUUAUAUUACAUGGUGACAGAGAUUUUCUUGCUUUUAACACAUAUGACUGUGGAACGUAAUAGCGUUUUAUUCCACGCUUUUUUCUACACUUCGAGGGAGAAAGAGCUCACCUUGUCUGGUGCAAAUCAUUAGCCCCAGUGUUUGAAUACUGAAAAGUAAAAGUGCUGUGUUCAUGGUGUAAAAGUUGGCAUGACUGCCAUGUACAGUUCCACAUGAAAUAAUCACAAGAACAAGCAGGGAAACUCAGUGCAGCUCAGCCUUUAUUUGUUGUCACAUCAUUACAAAGCAUGCAUCCAUACAUGGACAAAAAAAAUGCAAAUAAUGUCACAUUCAUACUCUUGACUUCUUUAUAGGAAGCUGAGCUCCAGAUCAUUUAUAUAUAAUAAAUGAUCUGGAGCUCAGCUUCCUAACAAAUCCCCUAAAAUUAGAUAUUUCUAUGUGACUCAAUGCUCAAAUCCUUGCUUAAAUGGAGACAUGUUAUAUUUAAGUUAUUCAUAUUUACACAUUGGUUGUUUACAAUAAUAUACCAUAUCACAUUUUAACCUAAAGUCUCUUGAAAUUUUCUAAAAUUGAAUCAAUAUUUUGCUAAAUUCUGCUCUUCAUGGUUAAUUUGUCUUUGCUUCAUUAACACUACAUUAAAUUCUAUUCAAAAAUAUGUGUUUGAAGAGUUUGUCAUUUAAACCUCCCAGCUGUUUUAAAGUACAAUAGGAGCCUCUGCAGCCCGUCUAAAGUGUAUUUACUUCUUUAUUAACUUUUGGUUUAUUUAAUUAAACUAGUAUUUAGCCCUGUGGCCUACACUAGGCGACGGCUUCAACCAUGCGUUGUCAGGAGGACGCCUGUAGGUGGCAUUGAGUCUCUUACAUUUCUAUAUGUUGACUCCAUCCUACUAAACACCGCAGCCGUCGUCAGCUUGAAUCCCUCUCAAGGCUUCUUGUUGGCCUGAGGUGUGUGAGCCACCCAGUGAAGGUGUGGUGGACUAGAAGCUGCUGGCCUACUUUUUUUUUUUUUUUUUUUUUU